AUGCCGGGUCAUCCAUCCCAGCUGCCAUCUACUAGCACAGGUAUCCUUAUCUUGCUAGCGGUCGUACUCCUAUGGGUAGCUUCAUAUUUUAUCACGCAGGUGGUACACAAAUCUGCGCCUCUGCGCCUUCCGCUUCUGAGUGAACUCAUUGUGCCCCCUUUUUUAACGUACUUAACUAUCUCGGGAUUCUCGGUCUAUCUGAUUCCCCUGCUCUUUGAGAGGGGUCGUGAGACCUCGGCGCCAAAUGAUCCAAAAUCACCACCUCAGCUUUCUCGUCAGGAGACGGCUGAUCUCGCAAAGGUUUACUGUAUUAUAUGGUUCCUAGCAUGCUGGACCUUCAAUUCCUCGUUGCAAUUCACUUCAGUCGCCAGUUGCUCUAUCCUUACUUCAACAAGCGUCCAUAAUAACUGUGAAUUUUUUUUUACGCUGGUCUCCCUAUCCGACUCUGAGACCUCGCCUUCACCAACUGCAAUCACUAUCUUAUCCUCGCCCACAGUCCCUAGCGGGCGCAACCCCAUCUUGGGUGAUUUCCUGGCAUUCUGGUCAGCAGUCUUUUCUGCACUCUGCGUGACUCUGCUCAAGGCCCGGGUUGGUGACGAGUCUCGCAUCAACACAAGAUUGUUCUUCGGAUACGUCGGUAUCUACAAUCUCGCGACCCUGUGGAUUUUGGGUAUCAUGCUUCAUUUGACGGGUUUUGAGGCUUUCGCACUUCCAGAGACAGGGCGACAAUGGUGUGCCAUUCUUACAAAUACCAUCCUUAGCGUAUUAGCCAGCUUUCUCUACGUGAUAGCCUUGCUGAAGACGACUCCGCUAAUUGUUACUAUCGGAUCAAGUCUUACGGGGCCGUUUGCCUUGCUCGGGGAUUUUACUUUCACUGGGGUCAAUGCAGGAGGGCAGGUCAUAUUUGGCUCAUUGAUCAUUGUGACUAGUUUCGUCAUUUUGGGGGUGGAGGACGCUAUGAAGGAGAGAUGGAAGUGGGCAGAUGAGAACGUCACGCACGUCGAAGAUGGAGCGUUAGAAUGCAUUACGGAGAUAGAAUAACUUCCAACCACAAAGGUGAUGUAACCAUAUAGAGUUGCCGAGCAUCAACUUCUGCUACUGAUGAUCCAAACAUCAGUUUGGCAGUUCGGGUAUGUGGAGAUAGAUACUUUAGAAACUAUACAGCCCUGGACGGAGUCUAUCUAAAAAAUCUGACCCGCCCAGAAUUCAAACUGCCCGGACAAAUAACAAUACGUUAAGGGUACCCAUCUUCUCCUGACCCCGAC